UCGCGGACGUUGAUUGUGAUGCAUUCGAAGGUGGAAAUCGGCGGUCCCGGGAAGCACGACGUGAUGUGUGCUCCAUGGCAUCACUGGAACGGGCCAAGCGUUGUUGCUCUUGCGUUUCAUCCGCGCGGUCUUCGCCUGAUUAUUGCCAGUUCUGCGGGAAGUCUCGUAUUGAUGCGAACAAAGGAUGAUGUCGUAGGCUCUGCUGGUCCAGGAUUCCUUCCUCCGCACCUGGAGAUUGAUCUGAACCCAGAGCAAUGCGGUUCAAAAGCAAUCACAAAAAUGGUGUGGUGGGAAACAGUAGAUGGGCAGAAUUUGAUCAUUAUCGGUACAUGGACUGCUGGGUUAGUGGUUGUAGAUUUGCGGUUGGGAAAAGCUGUUGCUAGUGUUGCCAUUCCUGAACCGGUGGAGAAUUUAGAUCUCUUCUGGAGCGGCAGCUGUGGACGUCGUCUCUUGUUGAUAACUGGAUCUCAAGGGUCGCAAUGGUUUUUGCCAGUCGAGACGAAAACCAAGCGUCUCUGGCCAACUCAAAAAUCCUACCAACCUUUCGAAGCAAUCGCCGAGAAUCCGGUGAAGCAAGUCGAUGUGACCAGGAUAAAACGUGGUGUUUCAAUAUCCAGCACUGGGCGUCGAAAUACCCAAUUUGGUGGAGAUGGUUCGCAAGUUUAUGGCACUGCGCCUCGAGCGUCUCUUGCUGGUUGGCGCCAAUUUUCAACUGAGAAACUUGUUGGAAUAAAGCAACGCGUAGCUGACUGGAAUCCCUUGAACGCCGGACGUUCCAAGUCGUUCCUGGGAUUUGGAUCAGUGGAUGACGAUGACGUUGGCAUUGACGGCGGGAAUCCGUUCAUUAAUGCAUCCUUGGAUGAAGGCUGGAAAUCAGGCUACAUGCCUCAAUCUUUGGAACCAAUUAAUUUGGGGGAUGAUUUGGAUCACGGUCACUAUAAUGUGAAGUCUAUUGGAAGUGACCGAAAAUUCCUUGUCCGUUACUCUGCCGUCUUCUCCGAAUUAAGAGCCGUAGACCCGGACAAGUGUCUGACGACGACUUCAGCAACCUACAAAAUUUCAAAUCUGGACCCAGAGAAGACGCUUCUAACUCCGACGGUCAUCUUCCGGGUGACCCCGCGUCCGGACUUGGAAUCGAGUCCCGGGGUCAGUAAGGGAGCAGUUGCAGCAGCGUCUUCUCUAUUUCCACCUUUGUCUUCAUCUGCGUUGCUUUCUUCGUCUGCUCUGAGUGUCGUCAGUCCGCAGCUGACUAUACACUCGUGCUACUUGUCCAAAGGUCCAGGCGAAGAUGUGCCGACGGGUAUCGCUCAAGGAAGUGGCGGAAAAUUCAACAAAGGCGGGCAAAAGGCUGGGUUGAAAUGGUUCAACAAAUCUGGAAGAUCGAACAGCGUCGCAUAUCUGAACGGAAGAUUCCCUGCCAAUAUUCAGGAAUCCGUCCCAUUGCCGGAGGUUGUGACGGACCUGGAAAAGUCCUCUUCAGGAGUGACGGUGACAAAAAUAUUCAAGAGAAAACCGACGAUCGAGGAAAAGGCUGAAAAUGACUUCGUGGACCCCGGACUCCAGUCGUUCUCGUGCGCGAAACGUGGUGAGAUCGUGCUUCGUCUCUAUGGCAUCAGUGCCCAGGCUUUGGCGGGUGUGAGUGAAGAUGACGACGCGUACGAAGGUGUUGAAGAAGAUUCGUGGAUGAAGUGUAAAUUGGACCCCGUUUUGGGGUCUGAAGCGAGUGAAACUUGGCUAGACUGGUGUUUGGUCGUGACGAAUCGAAGUGUCGUGUUGUUGUUUGUCCCCUUUCCGCUGGAGAGAAUCAUCCUGAAGAAUCUCGUGUGCAAGAAGCCUUCGACGAGAGCUGUGGAAGAUGCUAGAGCGAUAUCUGCUGCCUUUGCCAACAGUCUCGAUGUCGCCGGGGGAGUUGCUCGUGUUUUUCAUGCUGCCAUGGAUCUGUUCUUGUCUCAUCAUGAUUUGCAAUCUGCCAUCUUCAUGCUGCGUGGCGCUUUGGCGACAAGUUUAGAAGAUGUGCGGGUUCUGCUGAUGAAGAAGUGCAUCAUGGGUGCGAUGACGUAUUUGUCCAUUGAGUUGGGUGAAAUCGGUCAACCCGCAAAAAUUCAUCCCGCUUCUCACUCGAAACAAAUGCUGUCACUCCAACACUUGUGCCGAAUUCACCAAUACUUGAUGUCGGCGAAGGAAUCUGAUCGUGCCAAACUGCUGCUUUCGCAGCUCAGAAAAUGUUUCUGGGACCCGAAGACGGAAUGGGCAAUUGUAUUGCUGAGAGGCCUCAUCGAAGCCCGCAUGUGGAGCUUUGCUGCUGAAUAUUCUGCGAUUCAUGGUCUCGGGAGUUACUUUCUCGAGUUCUCUGGGUACAAAGGAAUUGAAUUGACUGAGAAGCCUUUCCGCGGGUCCGAUACAAGCGACUUCCGUCGAGUUCUACCGUCAAUGGCACUCGGUCACGUGCUGGCAUUUUCCGCUAAGUGGCGCCGAGUGCAUUCCCGCUGGUUUCGUCAGUCCUUGGCCUCUGGGGGUCUUUUCGAUCCCGACAUCCUCCUCGAUUUCUGCGAAUUAUUCGAUCCUACUCGCAUGUACUACCGAGCGUUGUGGCUGCAAUGCGAAAACAAACAGAAAAUGGAGCGACGUUUUUAUCGAAGGCUAAAAUUGAGAAUCGGUGUGGUGCCUCGGUUGCCUUCUCAGAGUUGCCCAUUGAGAGAGUAUUACGUGUGGAGGCCGGAUGAAGAGGCAGGGAUGAAAAAGAAGCUGCCGCACGGGGCAGAAAUAUCCAUCGCCGUUGCGAGAAUCAAUUUCCGUCGACGGUUGUCCAUGUCGGCGAAUUCCUUGCUCGAAUCGUCGAGUGAUUCUUCGGAUGAAGACAAUGCGGAAGAAAAGGAACUUGACAAAGAGGAUGUGAGAGAUGAAAUGAGGCGGCGGAGAGCCGUAAUGAGUGAUGACAGAGUUAGAGAAGCGUUUCGUAGACAAUUGUCUGCCGGCCACUCGCAUGCUGCUGUGACGAACGGGGACAACAAAGUCCGAGUUUGGGGGUCUAACCUGGAUGGUUUUAUUGGACUGAACAGAUAUGAUUCCCAGCCGUGCUUACCAGCUCCGGUCCCUCUGUUCACGAAGUUGAAUUUGAAAGUUACGGCUGUCUCCUGUGGUAGAAAACAUACCUUAGCCCUCACUUCUGUUGGUGUUUUCAGCUGGGGUGAUGGCUCGCUCGGUCAACUAGGUCUCGGGCCGAAUGUUUUGCGAACUGCGGACCCUGUUUUGGUUGAAAAACUCAUUCCUUUCCAAGUGAGCAGUUUAUCCGCUGGCCAGUAUCACUCAUUGGCAUUGACCAGGGAUGGAAAAGUUUUCAGUUUUGGCUGGGGAGCUCACGGACAAUUGGGACAAGGCAGCGUUGAAAACCUCCACACACCAGCAUUAAUUCAAGCUCUAGCUCAAUCUGGUCUGUUCGUGAAGAAAGCGUGCGGUGGACAGGGCCACUCGAUCUUCCUUUGCCAUGUGCCGUCGACGAUGACCUCAUCUUCGUCAAUGUCGGGCUCAGCGUCUUCAUCGCGUCCGCCGUCGAGUGUUUAUUUUCACGGUCCACUUGACGAACACCCGUGCGCAGUUGUUCUGGCUUGUGGAAACGGCAGUUUCGGACAAGUCGGAACGUUGAACGUGAAGAAAAUGUUGGUACCGGUCGUCGUUCCGUUUCCGGAGGAGCUGACGAGUUUCUCUGCACCAGCACCGACACCGUCGUCAAGCUGCGGCGAUGAAGCGCAGUCAAUGUACGUGAGCUGCAGCGACAGAAUCGUCGACGUCGACACAUCCUAUUUUUUCAACGUCGCCGUCACUCGUAGAGGCAGAGUGUUUCGUUGGGGCAUCAGUCCGCAUGCGAUGCGCUGGGAGUUGAAUCAGCACAAGCCGAAAUUAUCUGCUUUGCUCGGCGUGCGACGAAAUCUAGCACAACAAGCAGCUGCUCCCAAGCCUACCUUUGUAGGUGUUCCUCAGUCGGCCUCAUCGUCGACGUAUGAAACGCCCGCCAACCCUGUGGAAGGUGGCAGUAGCGGUGGUGCUGCUCGGCUGAGUCGACAAGAAACUUUGUCUAAAAUGACCAAGAGGAAAUUCAGUGCAAUCAUUCGAAAGACACCGUCAAUGACAUUGGAAACGUUUGCCGGCGGUUCAUCAUCUGACCAGCAUUCGUCAGGUUCAGACGCGGAACAACAGUCAACAAUGCCAGUAACUUUCAAUGACUCGAAGAAACCUUCGGACGAUCAUUCACAUUCGUCUACUACUGCGUCGCAAACCGUGUCCAACGCCUUGAGUGACGCCGAGAAGAAACAAGGCAUCAUCUUUCAAUACUUUUACCCCACGGAAGUGGAUCUAUCAUCUGUGCGAGGGAACGUGGUUCAGGCUUCAGCGGGUUUGUAUCAUUGUUUGUUGGUGGACGAUAUCGGGACUAUGUACGGCUGGGGCCGAAAUAUGCACGGGCAGUUGGGAUUGUCAGACUUGACGAGUCCUGCGAUUCCUGCCCCGGCGGAUGUUCCGUUUUCCGUCAUGGCUGUUGCUGCAGGCUCGGAAUUUUCACUUAUGGUGGAUCAUACUGGAGCCGUUUGGAGUGCAGGCAAUAAUGAUUGCGGCCAACUUGGCAUCAAGAUUCCGCCGGAAAACGCCGCAGCGUUCGGAUCCACGUCCCGAGGCGGCAAGCAAGCCGGUAACGACGGCGGUUGUCGCGUGCUGAGUCUGCGCAGCAAUCGCGGUCGUGUAGCCUUCCUUCGCCAGGGAUCAGUUGACGCCUAUUGCGCGUCUCCGAAACAACUUCCGCUGCCGGAAAUCGUGCCGCGUCACACCGACGACGACGAGACCCGACGGAAACCCUGGUUCGGCCACGUGGACCACUACGUAGACGAGAAAAAGUUGGACGACAUCUGCGACUCUGGCAUCGGACGCUACGACGCCUUUCUCGUGCUAGUGCAGUGCCUGCGACUCGGCAACUUGCGUCUCGCUGCGAGGGUUUGCGAGGCGAACCGCUGUUGGGGCCCUGCGUGUUUGUUCGCCUUGCAAAACGUUGUGCCGUCGUCGUCGAAGGCCGAGAUCAAGUGGAAUCUAAGGGCGAGAGACUUGGACCCGGAUUUGCACGUGACGCGGGAAGAACGGAGGUUGAUUCGACGUCGCACGACGCGCUUGCUGCUGGGCAAAGACACGGAGCUGCUAAAAACUGAAGAAGGCAUGCUGCGGAUUUUGUUGCGAUUGGAGUCGGAUUUGUCUGACGAUCACUUGGGUCGGAUCGGCAUGGGUUGCAAAGCCAGGGCGACGCAGGACGAGAAGACGCUGCGACUCUGGGCGGCGUCCAAGGCGAACGGGGGUCGAGGCGGUGAUCCGCGGCUUGGCGAUUAUCCCGAGUUUGCGAGGGUGAUUUGCGAGGCUGCUGUGUUGGUGUUGGAGAGAUACAUUGACUUGGUUGUAGCAGAAGAGAAAACGGACAAGAACGUUGUCUUCGAGGAGCUGAGAACGAUUUCUUCUAUUUUGGUUCGGUUUUGGGUCGAUUACGGUCUGCCGGUGUUCAGCCUGGAACGACUGCUUGACAAAAGGAUGAAUUCCAUGGCUGCUCCUCUAGCUUCGUUUGUACUGAGUGAGGAAGAUCCGAUGACUUGUGAAGCUUUCAUCAAUGCAAUAACGUCCGGUUUCUGGAUACGAGUCACUAGGACUGCUAUUAAAUCCGGUCAAGGUGUUCCGGAGCUUGAAGAGCUUUUGAGACAAAUGACUGUUGAUGGAGCUCUUCCGCCUGCACUCGGGAAUGAAGUUGUUGCGAGCUUCGAAGAAAUUCCCGCUGAAGCUCGUUAUUCCGUGACUUUAGACGGAACGCAGUUGACGCAAACAAUCGAAUCCUCGGGAGGAGGAUCGUGGUCCACGGGACCAAACGUUAUCAGAGUUUAUUCAUGCGGACACGCACAACGUAUUCCAGGGAAAGGUGAAGAUGGGCUGAUGAAGAUACCGGGGCAGCAAAUUUCCGCUUGUCCUGAUUGUGUUAGUGGACGUGGACAACACAUGAAUCGUCAGGUCACUAGCCAAAAAGUCGUUCACUUUCAGCCAUCUGAUAAUUUGUUCAAGAAAUUCACGAAUAAGAUAAAUGUAGAGAAAUACGAAGGUCCGGAUUUGCCGAUCCAUGCAGCGAAUCUGCUGUCUGAGUCACGACGAAAGCUUGAAUCGCAAAGAGCCAGAGUUCGAGACAAAGAAGACCGAGCAACCGUGGAACAGGUCAUGGAUCCUCGAACGCGAAUGAUCGUCUUCAAACUGUUGAAUCGAGGUGUCAUCACUAGUGUUAACGGGUGUAUUUCGACUGGCAAAGAAGCGAAUGUUUAUCAUGCAGCUAGUCCGACUGGAGACAAAGCCAUCAAGAUUUACAAAACGUCCAUCCUUGUUUUCAAGGACCGGGAUAAAUAUGUUGCGGGAGAGUUUCGUUUUCGACACGGCUACUGCAAGCAUAAUCCGAGGAAGAUGGUGCGAACAUGGGCUGAAAAGGAAAUGAGAAACUUGUACCGAAUGCAUAUGGCGGGUUUACCCGUCCCAGAACCCAUGUUGCUGAGAGGACACGUGCUGCUGAUGGAGUUCCUAGGAGUGAACGGGUGGCCGUCGCCUUUGCUGAAGGAUGCCGAUAUUUCUUCGUCGAAAGCGAGAGAACUCUAUUUCGACUGUGUUGUGAUGAUGAGGAGACUCUACCACGAAUGCAAGUUGGUUCACGCGGAUCUAAGCGAGUUCAAUCUGCUGUAUCAUGACGGAAAAAUCAAGGUGAUCGAUGUGUCGCAAUCAGUGGAACAUGACCAUCCCCAUUCUCUGGAAUUCCUGCGGAAAGAUUGCACAAAUAUCACAGAUUUUUUCAGAAAGAAGAACGUGAACGUUAUGUCAGUGAAGGAGUUGUUUGACUUCGUCACGGAUCCAAGUAUCGCGCCAAAUAAAGUCGACGAGUACCUUGAAAAGAUGCAAGAAGUGACAGCGUCUAGAGCUGAGUCUGGAUCCAAUGCCGAAGAAGAAGUCGCCGAGCGAGUGUUUCAGCAAGCAUUCAUCCCUCAGCGACUCGAUGAGGUGCAGUUUUCCGUGGCGCACUUUGAGCGAGAUAUAAUGAAGACGAGGAAAGGAGAAGACGAUGGUAGAGUGCCUUAUUAUGCCAAAGUUGUUGGCCUGAAGGAAGACAACAGUCCACGAGAAAGAAAAAACCAAGUCAAGGAGGAAAACCGUGAAAAACGGAAAACGAAGAUCAAGAAGCACGUGAAGAAGCGGAAAGAGAAAGUCGGUCAAUCGGUAGAAGCAAUAAUUCUUCACACGACAUCAGCGGAGAGUUUUCUCCGUCGCCAGAAGAUAACGCGAGACGUUUUGUUCAACUACCUUCAUUCUCAAAAGGUUUCGAUCGGAGAACGACAGCUUAAGCCUGCCUUGAUUGAAGCUGUACUGCGUUAUUGGACACAUCACAAUCCCGAAUAUAUUUAUGAGGCAAUCCCCGAGCCUCCGCCGAGCCAAACUGUUCCUUCAUACGCGGGGCAACCCGCCGAACCCAGUGAUUCGGAGUUUCCUGUGAAGCAGUUCAGCUUGGAAUACGCUGAGUGGUUUUACAGGAUGCUGAAUCAACGUUCGCAGGAAUUCGGACCGCACCAUUUUUAUCCUGACGCUUGGCUGAGUGUAGAGGACUCGGGUAAUCAGAUUCGACGUUUAGAAGGCGCUGAUUGCAUAGCUGGCUUUCUCGGAACAGAAAUCGAGUGUCGGAAUGUUUGUUUCAACCCGUUUUUGCCUCAUGGAGUUGCCGGCUUACAUGAGGGCUAUGGUAUGAUCCGUCUUUCAGUGCAAGGAUCGCUCCGCGGCGGAGGACCUGGCGGAAGCAAUGUGAUCCCAUCCGGAAGCUACGGAACUACCCACGCUGCCAUCACCGAAUCAUGA